AUAAACUAUAGGACUUAUUUUAAAACGUGAUUCUGUGAACGACGAAAUCCAUCAAAAUGGUUAAAUUAGAUGUUACCAUGCUUAGAUAUUUGACGAGAGAACAUUUCAGAGUUUUAACUGCGGUUGAGAUGGGCAUGAAGAAUCACGAAGUUGUACCAGGUCCUCUGAUCGCAUCUAUAGCUGCUCUUAAGCAUGGAGGAGCUCACAAGAUAAUUAAGGAUCUGAUCAAGCAUAAAUUGUUAGCUUACGUUCAUAAUCAUAAAAAAGGUGAGGGAUACCGGUUAACUUAUUCAGGCUAUGAUUAUCUUGCCUUAAAGGCAUUAGCCACUAGAGAUGUAUUAAAUUCGGUAGGAAAUCAAAUUGGUGUUGGAAAAGAGUCAGAUGUAUACGUUGCUGGUGGUGAUGAAGAAAAAGAGUAUGCUCUUAAACUCCACCGACUUGGUAGAACGUCAUUCAGACAAUUGAAGAAUAAACGAGAUUAUCAUAAGCACAGACAAUCUGCAUCUUGGCUAUAUCUAUCUCGAAUUGCUGCAAUGAAAGAGUAUGCCUACAUGAAAGCCUUGCAUGAUAGAGGAUUAUCUGUUCCUCGUCCAAUCGAUUUUAAUAGACACGCAGUAGUUAUGGAAUUAUUAAGUAACUGUUGUCCCCUUAUACAAGUUCGAAAUUUGGAAGAUCCAGGUACUGUUUACGAUGAAUGUAUGCGUCUCAUUGUUAGUUUGGCGGAGCACGGUCUCAUUCAUGGUGAUUUUAACGAAUUCAACUUACUACUUGAAGAAGAUAGUUUAAAAGUGAUCAUGAUAGAUUUUCCGCAAAUGGUUUCUACAUCACACGAAAAUGCUAAGUUUUACUUUGAUAGAGAUGUAGAAUGUAUCCGAUCAUUUUUUGCUAAAAGGUUCCAUUUUGAAAGUGAAUUAUAUCCAAAUUUCGAUGACAUAAGUAAGCUCACAAGUCUUGACGUUGAGAUAAGCGUAAGCGGUUUUACAAAAGAAAUGGAUGAAUCCUUACAAGGCGUUAGUGGUUUUGUAAUCUAUUAGCUAUUGUUUUUAGUUACAUUCAUUCGGGUUUUUUUUUUGCUUCUUCUCAAACCAUAUCUUAUAGGUAUUCAAUAAAGAAAAUCAGGAAGAUUCAGGUAGCGAAGAAGACUCUGAAGAGUUAAAUGAACAUGAAAAUGUAACGGCACAUAGCGAAACUGAAGAAUCUAAAGUGUCAUUUAACAAGGAGAAAAAUUUAUCUGAAACUGUUGAAAUAUUGAAUAAAGCUGUUAAGGAAGACAAUGAAAAUGUUAAUAAAUCAGAUGAAGAGGAAGUAGACGAGGAAGCAAAAGAAGAAAGCGAAGGUGAAGAGGGCACAGAAGAAAGAAAACGUGAAUUUGUAAAAACUAGAGUAAAACGUCAAUUGAAUAAAGAGAGAAAGAAAUUGCAAGCUAGACGAUUGAGAAAGAGUGGUGAAGCAUCCUUGCAAACGAAAGCUAGAAGAAAUGAUAGAGAAUCAAUGAAAGGAUGGGAGUUUUUCUAGAUAUAUUAGUAUAUAUAUACUUGAUUUUGUUUAUUUUUUGUUUAUACUCGUUGAAGGAAUUUAAAUAUACAAUACAGUAUAUAAAAUAUAAACUAUAAACUAUUU